UGAAAUACAAAAUACCUCCGAAGUUCCAGUACAGAAAAUGAGUGCUGACAAAAGUUAUUGCCAAGAAUGUUGUUCGACAAGCAAAUGCAACAAGGACAUUUGUACAUAUCCUCCAAACUCUGAAUGCAAGGAUAGCAAACAUGUUGAUUGUGCUCAAUUGAACUCAAUGUCCAGUAUAUGUGAAGUGAAAAAUGAAGCCAAGAAAAUUUGUCCACGGUUUUGCGACCUAUGUAAUUUAGUUGAUGGUGGUUGGUCGUCGUGGUCACAGUGGUCAUCGUGUGAUGUCACAUGUGGGAAUGGUUUACUGUUGCGGCAGCGUACAUGUAAUAAUCCGACACCAUAAAAUGGUGGCCUUGACUGCCCAGGAAACAAAAUUGAAAAGA